CGACCACAUCCUGGUGCCACAUAAGACGGUCCCAGAGAAGUGAUUUGAUACGAGUGCCAUUGGUCAUAGAUUGAUCCUGAAGUAUGGACUUGGAACAGAACAUCCGGGAUGUACAAAAUGCUAUUCAGCAGCUAGAGGCUAUAAAGACACACUUGGACAAGAAUACUAGUGAAGUUAAGAGUAACCUAAAUACCACAUUCCUUCGUCACUUGCGGUCCUUGUGGAACCGACAAGUAUUCCUGGCUAAUCAGGUGGACCUCAUUCACAGCAGUAAAGAAGAAGUGCUACAUCGUCAGCUAGUACGCCUUCACAGUCUCCUCACCAGUCUGCAGAAUCAGUUACAGGGAGCAGGAGGCAACAUACUCUUUGACACGAAUGACCUGAGGCCAGAAGAGACUCCCUACAUCAGUUUUAGGGCUGAUAGUGCCUCCCUUAGGGAUGCUAUAGUCAACUAUGGACGUGUGGACCACACAGGGUUUCCUCUAACAUCACAGUUCAUGGACCCACGCAGCCCAGCAGCCAGUUUGCCACCUCACUUUGAGGACUACGAUGAUGCAGAACACCAUAUCCUCUACAAAACUGUGGAAGAAAUCAAACACGCCAAAACCAAUAGCCACAAUAUUGAUGUCCAUAUACCAAAGCUGUCUGCCCGCCCUGAGGACUGGCUGACUCACACCACUGCCACAACUUCCACUGCAACUGCCUUAAAACCAACAUUUGCCUUCCCAACUUUCAGUAGAGAUCCCACUGAUUGGCUAAAAUCCUCGCCCUCUACUGAAGUGUCUGGCUCAGGUAUGCAGCCUAUCAUGUCAGUUAUCUCUCCUAACCUACCAGAUACUUCUCCAUCGGUAUCGAUUUGCAGUGCAUCAAGUACGACUUCUGGACGAUGUACUCCUCGAGGGAUCCCGACUGUCACCUCCUCUGCCUCCAGUAUUGACACUUGGUUACUUCAGAUCAAACAGAACCCAGAUAUGGAGGAGGAAGAUGAUUUUGAAAUUGUUGAUGGGUCAGCAUCUUCAGGAGUGCUUGACAUUGAGGAUGUUGUUGAUGAACCCACUGGGACCACUCCCACAGUAGACCUAAACCGAUGGACUGUGUCACAAAGUUUGUGCAAGUUAGACUCCCAACCAACAGACAUUGAUCAGGCAAUUGGACAUGAUGUAAUGGCCAGUUACCUUGCUAAAAGGGAUGAUGACAUAUCAUUGUGGCUGGCUCCAAAACAGAAGACAGGUUGCUGUGGUGAUUCCUGCUGUGACAAACCAACAAGCUCUUUUGAAAUUGAGAAUCUAGGCAACUGUUUAGCUGACAAACUUUGGAUCAAAUUGAGCAGCAACAAAGAGAAAUCUGAGCAAAUCAGCAGUCUAUGUAAAGCCAAUGAACCAUGUCAGUCCUUCGACGACUGUUUAGGAAAACCAUCCUGCCUUGAGGAACACCAUGGUAGAGUCGGUGGCAUGAAUGCAACAGAUUUGCCAGGUUUCAGUAUCUUUAAACAUAACAGUGAUGACCAGAAAUGGCUUGCCAAUGGAGGAAAGAAUGUUGGACCAACAACCCGAUGUGUCGGAUUUGGACAUUUCACGGAGGCCAGUAAGGAGAUCAAUAACUGGUUACUAAAUGAAAAGGACGUCUGUAGUCAACCCAACAUAUCAGGUGAGAUGACCUUCUCAGCAUUCAGUGAGAACACAGACAACAAGGUUUGGCUUCGCCUGGAUGAGGCAAACAGACUACCACCAGCGAACACUCCCUUGCAAUACUGUACCACUUGGGACAAACUGACUAAACAACAUGGAGAUAUAGGUAUUGACCAAUGGCUUCUACCACCCUGUGCCAAUAGCAACGCUGAGAUGGGCAAGGUUUUACCAGACGUUGACCAAGAGAUCUGGCUGUCACACAAAGAAAGCAUGGAAACUGAAACACUUUCCAAGGAACAAGUCAUGGAAAUUCCCUAUACUCAGGAGGACAAUAAGUUCUGGUUGUAUGCUUAAAUAUGUUCCUCAUUCCUGGUAUAUUAGUUAUACUUGGAUUAAAAAUCAAAUUGUUGUUGACUUGAUCCAGUUUCUUGCGUGAAUGUGAAGACAGGCAAUGAUAUACAAACCUUGUUAUGUCAAACUCGGCAGGACCAUAGGAAAACUUCAAGAUAACCGAAUAUCCAAUUUAAGUGAUUUUAAUGUUUUGUGUAAAGUUAGACAGGGACUGACGAAAUGCUUCAAAUAAAACAGAGUCUUCGAAUUCUAAGAGUUUGAGAUAACAAGAUUUGACUUUACUUACAUUCAUCUUUAUUACAACUUUAGGAAGUGGUUCAACAACCAAAGUAUUGUAAAGUUAAACUUAGUGCAAUGAAGAAGUAGUGAUUCUAUGUUAAGAUUAAGUUAGAUAUAAAAUUGUUUAUCCUAAGUCUGUAAUCAAAAUGUUUUCUUAAACUGUAUGUAAAAUACUCAGUUUCCAUUUCAAACAAGCAAAGAAAUAGACGAAUUUCAUCAGUCUCCUGUGGAGUUCAUUCAAAUAAAUUAGUAUGAUUUUUAAAUAAAAUCUUAACAUUCUGAAAAUGAUUUUAACUCGGUCAGAUAACUAUGUUUUCAAUAAUGCUGCCUUGUAAUUUACUGUGUUUUAAAUGUUGUUUUUAUGGUAACAUCAUAAUAGUUUUUUUACAGAUAAAGUGAUACAUGUAUGUGAAAAAUAAGAUUAAUUGUAAGCAAAUUAAUUGUACACAGAAUUCUGUAAUACUAAGUAUUGUAAGACGGAUGUCUACUACAAUUUCAAUGUUACAGUAGCACAGCAUUUAAGGCUUUCUGUUGCUGUUUUGGAUUAAAGAAAACCUCACUAGGGAAAAAUAACAGAACACAAGAAUGUGAACUUCUGUUAUUGACAGUACAUAUGUUGCAUCAUUUUGUGCAAGAUAUCCACAUUUAUGUGUAGUAGUAUUAUUUUAAGAAAGAUGUCCACUUUUUGUAAUAGUACCUCCACCUUUAGUACUUUGUAAAACUUGUUAUUUUUAUGCAUUUCAAGGAUGCAAACAGGAAAAUAUUUCAAUGCUUUUAUUUAAAUUUUUAUAUAAAAAAUGGUGUGGUACACUUUUGUGAAUAACUAUUUAAAUAUAUUGUAAAUGCAUUUCUAUGUCAGUUGUCUGAAUUAAUGCAUUUCAUUUUCAAUGUAAAAAGCUGAAGAAUAAGGAAGCAGUGUCAUGUAGACGUAGAAAAGACUUGAACCUUUACAAGAUGAAAGCUGUCAUAGUUAAUAAGCAUUUAAGAUGGAAUUCUGUACAUAAAAGUAUACAUGCAGUAAAUCACCUUGUGAUUGCAGUUGCAUUAAAGUACAUUAUGUAUUAAAUAAUGUGUAAACAAGUGUUUCCCAAGUUUACACAAGUGUUGUAUAGAGAUCACGCAAGUUUUACCCAAAAUUUGAUGACAGUAAAUUGAGAAUUUUUUCCUAUAUCUUGAAUUUAACAUUGCCUUCAAUGUGUUCAUGUUUCAAACACUGCUUCCUUGUGAUUCAUUUCAGUCAGCGUUAAUCUAUUGAGACUGUGAUAAAAAUAUUCCUGUAGAAUGGAGUUGUACAAUAACUUUAUUCUAUAAUGUCAAGUGAUAUGUCCCCAUAGCAAGCAUAUCCCCACCCCCAUUACCCUACCCUACCAUAGUGAAUUAUGUUUCUUGGGAAGAUGAGAAUUGGACCAAUUUGUGCCGAUUUUGUUGUAACCUUGGGCAAGACAUUUUAAUCACAAUACUCUGGACGGCAUGCAACAGCCUCUCAUAUGUUGUUGGGUAAGGUAGACAUCUGAUUAUAAAAAGAGACGUCACCUCACAAUGACUCUUGCCGUUGAUGAAGUGAUAAACCCAGCAAAUAAACAGAGCAGUAUUCUGUAGUAAAUAGUCUGAAAUAUCCCUCUCUUGCCACCAACAUAUCUGUUAAGUCGGGACAGUGUGGACUUCACAAGGUAUUCUUCAUCAUCACACUGAUUAUAAUUCCCUUAUAUAAGUAGUGUUGAAGUUUUUGUAUUAUCAUUGCAACUAUAAAACAGACAAAAUGAUGCUGAUUCUGUUGAAUUGAUUCAUUCAUAAAUGCAUUUGCCGUAGGAUUGUGAAAUUGCAGAGAACAUUGAUAAUAAAUGUUAUAGGUAAUUAACCAUUGAUAAGUGGAAACCUUUAGAUAACGUUGAGUGAGGUAUGAUAUUGAAUUUUAAAUGUUUGUUUUAAAAACAUAGAAUUCAUGCCCUCAGAUACAAAAAUCAUCAUCUGAAGUCAAUCUGUUACGCAUUAAAUGUCAGUGCAGUAUGAAGAAUAGUACAGUGGAUGUUUUUCUGAAGAUUUUGUGAAACGAAGUAUCCGUUCCAAAUUUCCAUAUGAUAACAUAAUUAUUGUCUUUAUUAGAUAUGUUUAUCUAUUAGUGUAUGGUAUUGACCACAUACUGUUACAUAUGAAUAUUUAUCAACUCCUGUUAUGAUUAUAAUAUUGACUUUUGUAAAGUCUAUACACAUCCAUCACAACCAUUAUGUUGAUGAAUAUCCAUGGCAGCUGAAGUUGUUAUGGGAACUAGUCACUGUGCUUACCAUAUUUUCCUGAUUAUAAGUCGCACCAGUACCCAUUCCUACGAUAUGGUAACCAUGAUGUUAACCAAAGUUUGUUGAACAAAGGAAGGCAAUUUAUCAGAUCAUCAGUCAAACAUUUAAUAAAGUUUGCAAAUGAUUAAUGCACAAAUAAUCAUUUGUUUUAUUGAUGUAUUUUCUGAAUAUUCAAAAUACAUGAAAUAGCAAAUAUCGAACUAAUUUGCCAUGAUCCAUUUCAGUCCCAAACACAUGGUAGGCAGGUACGCUUUGCUGUCUCGUACUGGUAGGCCUUUUUUUUCUUUUUUUUAUGGCAUUCUGACGAUUUUUUUCUCGUCCAAAUAUAAGCUGCAUGCCCAACUCGUGAGGAAAAAAGUUGUGUCUUAUAAUCCGGAAAAAUACAGUAGUUAUCUUUAUUUGACACACAGACACUCAGCAACACUAGCUGACACUUACCUUUAGCUCCACUGCUUGCACUUAACGCUUUCUGCAAAUAAUAUCAUAAAGCACAAGUUGAUAGAUAUAAAGAUAUUUUAUAUGUAGAAUAUGAAAUUGUAAAUUAUUUUUGAAAUAUCAGAAAUGAUAUUGUGUAAUAGUUUUGGAUGGUUUUCCAAUUGAUAAGAGUAAAUCUGUCCAUGUGAAGGGUCAUGGUACAAUUUUGUACUUUUCUUGAAUUUCUGUACAUGUCAAUUUUAGUCAUUAAGCAUUGUUUAUUAUUUGUACAUUGCCCUGUUUCAUGAAUGUGCCCAGGAGCUUACUGAAUUCUUGGAAUUGAAAUUUUCAUUUCAAGGGGAAAAUGAGAUUUUCUGAUCUCUUGGAAUUGGUUAUUAAAAAAAAAAAAAUUGUAACAUCUAAUCUUAACAGAUCCCUACUCCCCCUGGAUUUCCCCUACUCCCCCUAGAUUUCCCCAAUUCUAAGUAGUACUUGUUUUGAUAUUAUAAUGCAAAAACUUGGAUAAUAAUAUUAAUGAGAAAAGUUUCUUGAAUUUCCUUUACAUUAUGUAUACAUGUAUUGAUUUUUUUAAAACAUUUCAAUGGAAAACUUGUUAUACUGAAUGACAUAAAAGAACAUUCGUGAAACAGGAACAAGCUACAGUGAUACAUAAUGAUGGCUGCAAGUCAAAAUGAUGUAGAGGAUUUACAAAGAUGUGUUAAUAUGAUGCAGAGAAGUUUAAUUUAAAGAUACAGACAUAGCUAGGAUGGCAUAUGAAAAAACUGUUGAAAGUUACAGAUGUGUUAAGGAAUAAAGAUGCAUAUGGUCUACACUUGUUAAUUGACAAUUUUUGGGGGAAAGGAGUUGAUAUACUUUGUACAUGUUUAACUGUUGUUAAAUAAAUAAUCAUUCUCAAGAUAA